GCACACUGAGCCGGUGGUGACUCUCCUCCUCAUAAGAAGCAGGAGUGAGUCCGGAUGCUCGGCACAUCCCGGAGAGCGAGCGGACUACAGAGGUGCUGCUGCUGCUGUGUUUCCAUCCUGUCCGCUGAAUGACUGAGCUGCUGUUCAACCCAUAAAAAACAACAGCAAAGGAAAACAACAACAACAACAACAAACAAACAAACAAACAAACAAACGCGGCAGGUGGCGUUUUGCUUUCCAGACGAUGGCUCUCUCCUGGAGUCUCCUCCUGGUGUUCCUGUCCGUCUCCCUCAUCCUCUCACAGAGCUCUGAACUGGGACCACCUCACGGCAAGAGGAGAGCGGCUCAGACCUCAGGAGGAGGCAGCAACACGCUGCAGCACCCUCUGCAGGGACACCGAUACAGCAGGGAACGCGGCGGGCACGGGGGUCAGGGAGCCCGAGCUGCCAAAGGAGGAGCCGGGCUGCUCUCUCACAGACCCCCCCACCCUCUGGCCAGGCCUGAAGACGAUGGGACGGGCCUGGAGAGCCUGAGCCCUGUGAGACUGGAGAUGGGCCCGAGCAGAGACAGAGACAGAGUUCGAAUGAAUGUAAAGAGUCAGACCCAGACUCGGGAAAACGACCUGCUGGGGACGCGCAAAGAAAGAGGACACGGGAACGGGAAAGGACAUGGACACCAUUAUGAGCCCAGGAGACAAGGGGGGCGGCGUGAGAAGGGGCGGCAUGGAAAGGGGUUCCUUCCUGAGCCGGAGCUGAGUUCUGCGUACAGAGACAGAGAUCUGUUCGACGAUCCUUUCUCCUCCUUCUCCUCUGCCGCCUCCCCCUCCCUCAUCGUGACCCCGCCCAAUGAAACCCCUUCCCCCAUCGUCGGCGUCUUUGGCUCCGGCUCCUCCAUGGUUACCACGGUGAUGAACGAGCAUCCCCCAACGCUGCCCCCGGCCUCCACCAAACCCCAGAAGUCUGGACGAGGAAAAGGACAGGGAGAGGUGAUGCCAACGUUGGACAUGGCGCUCUUUGAUUGGACGGACUACGAGGACAUGAAACCCGCAGACACCUGGCCGUCAUCCAGGAAGAAAGAUAAGAGGCGGAGUAAAAACCUCAGCAGUGGAAAUGUGACUAUAGACGCCGACGCCAUCGAGCCGUGUGACCAUCACCUGGACUGUCUGCCAGGUUCUUGUUGUGACCUGAGACAACACGAGUGUAAACCUCACAACAGAGGCCUCAACAACAAAUGUUACGAUGACUGCAUGUGUGAGGAAGGGUUUCGCUGUUACGCUAAAUUCCACCGGAAGCGGCGCGUGACCAGGAGGAGGGGCCGCUGCGUGGUGCCGGAGUCGGUCAGCAGUGACCAGGGAGGCUUCAUCACGAUCUGAGGAAGAGGAGGACACAGGGAGGAGCUUUAAAGGAGGAGGAAGUGGAUUAAAGACGUCAGAGAAGAUAGUUCAGCCAUGACAUCACAUGAUACUGUUACGUGCUGAAAGGUGACGGCUCACUGGUUUGUCAGUUUUAAAAUGUGAUUCAAGAUACGUUUUAAUAAAACUUCAGAUUAAUGGAUAUCCUGUUAGAAUGUUUCAACACGGGCUGAGUCGUUACUUCAAACUCAGAGAAUCACAGUCUUUAAAGCUGGCUACACACUAGACGAUUUUCUAAUCUCCAAU